AUGUCAACAAACGUAGAAAGUGGAGCUCUCGACGGAGCCGCCAAGGAGGCAACUGCUGAUGUUGUCCAAAUUGACGUUGAUGGUCCAUCUCAUCCUGUUGGUGGGGAAGGAGUGGGCGAGAACGAGCAGCACGAUGUUGAUGAAGAUCUAGACUUGGGAGUAGAUGGUGAUGACGAGAUCAUGGAAAUGCAACAUAAGAUCCAAGAGCUUGAGGAUGAAGCUGAGCGAUUGAGGCAAAUGACGGAGCAAGGUGCAACAGGGAAUGGUGAUGCUACUGCUUCUGAUCAUGAGAGUGUGGAGAUGACUCCGGAACAGCAAGCGGCUCAGAGCCAGGAGCAGGAUAGCGAUCAGUAG